AUGCUCUUUCCCAACUUGUGCGGCAAUCGGGGAGCGGGUGCCGCGGCAUCGCUGAGUCUGAUCAUUGCUGGGAGCGGCACGGUACCGCCGCGGGACCCCCCACCCUAUCCGCAAACUCUGCCCUCUCUGGUCGGCAAUGCGUCCCUCCGAUGCCUUGCAGGUGGCUCGGCAUCUUUGACCGAGAAGGUUCAAGUGCUUUGA